GCUUGCUCGACUGUAAUAAAUCAUAGCUGAAGCUUGACCAGUUUGUCUGCAAACAAAGAAAAAAAAAAAGCUGAAUAAAGCUUGAAAUCUUAAAUUAUAUUAUCCAGCGAAAAUAGGAAAAUAAAAUGGAAAAACAGAAAAGUGCAUAUGAAUAUGAUACAGCCUUACAUACGAACACGAUUGGCACUUUUGCGGUAAGUGCUUUUCGAGUAAACAUCUGGGAGGUCUCCCUAUAGCUAGCUCUAUUUCGCUCUCUGUAACUUUGCUUCAUACAGGUAUUAGUUGUCCAGAGAUUCCAACUCUUUGCACUAUAAAAAGCUUUCCAACUUUCGCAGGAUAAUCCGAUCUGACUCGGAAGAGAGGACUCUCGUUCAAGAAUAUAUUAGAACUCAACUAGUCCAUUGCAUCAACUUCUGGGAAUGAUGUCAAUGAAGAUGGAAUUGGCUUUUGUAGUUGUGUUGUUGGCUUCUCUGUAUUCUUUUGUGGCAUCUGAUUCACAAGGAGAUGCACUUUAUGCAUUGAGAACUUCAUUAAAUGCUACUCCAGAUCAACUCAUUGACUGGAACCAGAACCAAGUUAAUCCAUGCACUUGGUCCAAUGUUAACUGUGACUCUAAUAAUAAUGUCAUUUCUGUAACAUUACCAUCCAUGGGAUUUUCUGGAUACCUGUCACCUAAAAUUGGAGUUCUGAAAACUCUUGGUAGCCUGACAUUACGAGGUAAUGGCAUAACUGGUGAGAUACCAAAGGAGCUCGGAAAUUUGUCUAGUUUGACAAACUUGGAUUUGGAAGACAACCAUUUAACUGGAGAAAUACCAUCUUCUCUUGGAAAUCUUAAAAAGCUUCAGUUCUUGAUUUUGAGUCAAAAUAAUCUCAGUGGAAGCAUUCCUGAGUCACUUACAACUCUUCCAAAAUUGAUCAAUCUUCAGCUGGCUUCCAAUGAUCUCAGUGGUCAAAUACCUGACGCUUUAUUUGAAGUUCAACAGUACAACUUUACGGGUAACAACUUAAACUGUGGCAUAAACUCUCCACACCUUUGUGUGUCUGAUAAUAGUGAUUCAGGUACUUCCAAGAAAUCAAAAUUUGGAAUUAUAUUUGGAGUUAUUGGAUCAGUAGUUGGGUUCCUCCUUUGUGGAGGCUUGMUACUUCUUCUGUUGAAGGGAAAACAUAGAGGCUACAGGCGUGAACUUUUUGUAGAUGUUGCAGGUGAAGACGAUAGAAGAAUUGCAUUAGGUCAGUUGAAAAGGUUUGCAUGGAGAGAACUACAACUUGCUACCGACAACUUUAGCGAGAAAAAUAUUCUUGGACAGGGAGGUUUUGGAAAGGUAUAUAAAGGAUUGCUUGCGAAUGGAACAAAGAUUGCUGUCAAACGAUUGACUGAUUAUGAAAGUCCUGGAGGAGAAGCAGCUUUUCUACGUGAAGUUGAGAUGAUAAGUGUAGCUGUUCACAGGAAUCUUCUAAGGCUAAUUGGCUUCUGUACAACUCCAACAGAAAGGCUUUUGGUCUAUCCUUUUAUGCAGAACUUAAGUGUUGCUUAUCGUCUACGAGAGAUUAAACCUGGGGAGUCUGUGUUAGAUUGGCCUACUAGAAAGCAAGUGGCUUUAGGCACAGCUCGUGGACUUGAGUACCUUCAUGAACAUUGCAAUCCAAAGAUAAUUCAUCGUGAUGUUAAGGCUGCUAAUGUAUUAUUAGAUAAAGAUUUUGAAGCAGUUGUUGGUGAUUUUGGCCUGGCAAAGUUGGUUGAUGUAAGAAAGACAAAUGUGACAACACAAGUCCGUGGAACUAUGGGCCACAUAGCACCUGAAUACCUAUCCACCGGAAGGUCAUCAGAGAGGACUGAUGUUUUUGGGUAUGGAAUUAUGCUUUUAGAACUUGUGACCGGACAGCGUGCAAUUGAUUUUUCACGACUCGAAGAAGAAGAUGAUGUAUUAUUGCUUGACCAUGUGAAGAAGCUAGAACGGGAGAAACGAUUAGAUGCUAUUGUAGAUCGCAACCUAAAUAGAAACUAUAACAGCCAAGAGGUGGAGAUGAUGAUCCAAGUUGCAUUGCUUUGCACCCAAUCAUCACCCGAGGACCGUCCAACAAUGUCAGAGGUGGUACGGAUGCUAGAAGGAGAAGGGCUUGCUGAGAGGUGGGAAGAGUGGCAGCAGGUUGAGGUUACUCGUAGACAAGAGUAUGAGAGACUACAAAGAAGAUUCGAUUGGGGAGAUGAUUCAAUGUAUAACCAAGAUGCAAUUGAACUGUCGGGUGGAAGAUAAUAGGGAUUGGACGGAACUGUUGUUUUUGUUGUUUGGUUCAAUUUAUCAUUUGGUAGGUUGGCCUUAAGGUUAAUUGAGAGCUAACUUGCAUUGCAAUGAUAUAUUUCAGAAGUUGCAAUUAGAUUCAUUUCUGGGCACAUAGUUUCUUGUUUCAUCUUUUCCCUUUUCUCCAGCGUCUCAGAUAAUGAUAUAUACCGAAGGGACAGCCAGCAUGCAUCCUGUAUCAUGAAAGUUCUCCGAAAUGUUAAUGUGGGAUGUAUAUUUUAAA